UGUACUGGCGGGAGCCUCAAACCCGGAAGCGACUGUAGUGAUCUGCAGAUCAAAACAACAACGUUUUCGCUUUUAUUUUCUCUUUUUUAGUCCAUCAUGGCUUCUGUUCCUGAAGCACAGCCAGAUAAUGGGCUGUGGAUUAAAACUCGAGAGGCCAUGGUACAUUUCCGGAAGCUACUUUUGUGCUCUAAAUGUGAGAACAUCCUGACAGAGCCGGUGUGUCUGGGAGUGUGUGAGCAUCUGUUGUGCAGGUCAUGUGCAGGUUCUCGUGUGGGAGACGGCUGCAGUGUGUGUCUCAGUCCUGCCUGGGUGAAAGAUGUCCACAUAAACAGACAGAUCAGUAACAUCACACAGCUCUUCCUGCAGCUAGAGGCUGUUCUCUGUCCCUCUGAGUGCUCAGAACUUCCUGCUGAUUCUCCAGCGCCCUCGACGGAACCCUCGGUCCUCACCAAGAAGAAGAACUUCAAGAUCUGGUUCAGCCCGAAGAGCCGUAAAGUGCGCUGUCGAGCGGAGAACACGGCCGACUCGAAGCCGUCCGUGCCGCAGCGUUCCGACUCCAGCGUCCUGUCCGUUUUCAACUUCACCUCCUCCUCGCAGGAUUCAGGCUCCUCCACACCUCCCAGAGCGAGAGCAGGAACUGAACAGAAGAAAAAGAAGAAGAAGAAAGAACAAAAGAAACUAAAGAACGUUGUUAAGAAGCGAGUCCGAGGCACCAGGAUUCAAAAUAAGGAGAAGAAGAAGAGGCUAAAGGCCGUGAACCAGCAGUGGGGGUUUGGGAAAGAUGAUGCGAUGGAGGACGAGGAGGACAAGAUUGAUACGAGGAGCGGAAAGAGGGUGUCCUUCCAGUGUCCCAGCAGUGGCACUAAACAGGAUGUGGAAGAGGUUCAGGAGGUUUCUCACGGUGAGGAACCAGUCAUCAGCCCAAAGAGAGAGAUGAGGAGCAUCCUGAAGGAUGGGAGGGAGAAGCAACCCGAUCAAGCUCUCUCAGAGAUCCAACAGCAUCCUCGUUCUACUCCAAAAAGGUCCAGAGCGCAAGGCGGAAGCCCACAGAGCACACCGAAGCGUCCCAGACUGUCUCCAGGCCAGAGGGUGAGGAGGAGACGAUCCGGUCCUUCUCCAGUCACCUCUCUGUAUUCCGGCAUUCCUGAAAGACCCGUAGAGGACAGGAAAGAGAAGGAAGUCCGAGGGUAUUCUCCUGCUAGUGGGAGGAGCCAGGCUAGCCCCGCCUACAUGAAGAGGAACCAUAAAGGAGAGACACCUCUGCACCUCGCCGCCAUUAAGGGUGACGUGGAGACCACCAGAGAGCUGCUGGAGCAGGGAGCAGACCCCAACCUGAAGGACCACGCAGGCUGGACCCCACUGCAUGAGGCGUGUAACCUGGGUCAUGUGGCUGUGGUGGAGCUGCUGCUCCAGCAGGGGGCGCUGAUUAACACACCCGGCUACGAGAACGACUCUCCUCUACACGAUGCCGUGAGGAACGGACACGCUGCCGUAGCUAAACUGCUGCUUCAUCACGGCGCCUCAACCUCUGUACUGAAUAUAUUUGGCCUUCGACCUGUUGAUUAUGCCGCGACUGCAGAAAUGCGAGAGGUCUUAAGUUCGGUCCCUGAGGCACUCCAUGAGGUACUGACGCCAGUGAGCUCUCCAGCAAACCUUUCAAAGUCUCCUGCUCUGAUGAAGAAAGACGUUCACGUCGCUCUGAUUGGUAGUAAACUAACAGCAGCUCAGCAGAACCAGCUCACCAAAGCAGCUCGAGUCCUGGGAGGAAAACGAGUCGAGACUUUCUCCAAUGCAGUCACACAUGUGAUAGUGGCUGAUGGUCCCAUGCCCUCCACCCUCACCGUCCUGCAGGGAAUCCUCAGUGGCUGCUGGGUUUUAUCCUUCACAUGGCUGGCCGAGUGUCUGCAGCAGGGCCGGUGGAUGGAGGAGAGCGGGUUCGAGGCGGGCGACGGGCCACAGAGGUCUCGUGUGAACAGAGUCAGUCUGCUGCCUCCGCUCUUCGACGGCUGCUUCUUCUACCUGCUCGGAUCGUUCCACAAACCCCCGAGAGACGAGCUGGUGCAGCUGGUGAGGGCCGGAGGAGGCCAGAUGCUCAGCCGGCAGCCCAAAGCCGACAGCGACGUGACCCAGACGGUGAUGGCGGCGGCGUACCACGCUCGGCCCGACUCAGAUCAGGCGUUCUGCACUCACUACGUCCUGUACGAUCCGCAGAGCUCCAGCAGACCCGGGCCGGUCCGUCUGGGCAAAGUGUGGUCAGCUCCUUCAUCAUGGCUGCUGGACUGCAUCAGGGCCUUCAGCAUGCUUCCUGUGCCCGAGCUCUGACUCGAUCUUUACGCCCGUGUACGUUGAGCUCGACCGACAGGACGCACACAGCGAAUGUAAACGAUCGGCGCCGAUCUUCUGUGUUGCCGAGUAAAGCUCGACACGUCUCAUUUAUCUCUUUCACUACGUAUAUAUUUGUGUGGAAAUAAGUUCUUCCAUUAAACAAACUCAAACGAUUGACUUCAAUGAGCCUUAAUUAUCUCGUCUUAAUUUAGCCACGCCCACAAAACUCCAUAAAAGGGAAGCUCACAGACUAACGCUAACACGCUGGAAUAUCUGAGGAGUUCUUUAAAUUAGUGUCGAAUGAUUUACACACUCGUGAUCGUAAUGCUGUAAUCAUGUAUUCAGGGUUGAUGAAUUUUCUUAGAUAUAAAAUUACUUUUUUUUUGUCUUGAAUGAAUUAAUCGGGUUUCCAUGAAAACUUUCUAAAAGCUCCUGUGAAUGAAUUACGAUUUUUUUUUUUAUUUGUCUAAAUCUCUAUCUUUAUAUUAAUUCUUUAAUUAUUGUUAUUAUGACUAUUUUUUUAUAUAAGCCACACAGUCUUUGGCAUGUAAGGAAACAUUUCUAAAAAUGGAUUGUAUAAAAAGCAGUAACUAAAAUAAAAUAAUAAAUAAGUCCAGAUCUCCUCUCUGGUUUGAGUGUCCGA